AUGUCAAACGCUAAACCCAAGAUUGCAACGAAAGCCAAGGUUUAUGCCAUUAUGGCAGGAGAGGUAGACCUAGAAGCUGGUGAGACGGCUGAUGCAGGAGUGAUUACUGGAAUGCACUGGUUGUCUGGGCAUUACUCCCAAAUAGAUUGUCCAAGGCGGGAAGUAGUAAUCAAUUUACCUGCACGAGAAAGGAUAUGCUAUAUGGGUGAGACUAUUCGGCUUGAUCUAUCUACCGUAACGGCUAAACAAGUCAAGAAGAGUUUAGUGAAUGGGGACAACAUUUAUCUAGUAAUGAUGAUGGACGUCAUGGUAGGGCCUAAAGAAAUCCAAGGAAUCUCUGUGAUUGAGGAUUUUCCUAGGGUCUUCACUGAUGAAUUGCCUAGAUUACCCCUAGAUCGAGAGACGGAAUUUGUAAUUGAGCUUGAACCGGCCACAACCCCAGUGCAUAAGGCACUCUAUCAAAUGGCCCCAGCAGAAUUGAAAGAGCUUAAAGUGUAA